CCGCUCAAACAGUUGCAGGAUGUCGAUGGCAGACUUGCUCAACGCCGAGGACAUCAAGAAGGCAGUGGGAGCCUUUGCCGCUACCGACUCCUUCGACCACAAAAGGUUCUUCCAAAUGCUGGGCCUGAAGAAGAAGUCCCCGGAUGACGUGAGGAAGGUGUUCCACAUUCUGGACAAAGACAAGAGUGGCUUCAUUGAGGAGGAGGAGCUGGGGUUCAUCCUAAAGGGCUUCUCCUCAGAUGCCAGAGACCUGACUGCUAAAGAAACCAAGAUGCUGCUGGCUGCUGGAGACAAGGAUGGGGACGGCAAAAUUGGGGCCGAAGAAUUCUCCUCUCUGGUGGCUGAAUGCUAAGAGGCACUGACUGCCCUGGCCUUCCACGUUUCUGCCCCAAACAGCUGACCUCAGCCCCUCUUGCUGCCCUCCUGCGUUCUGUUCAGUUUAUGUUAUUUUUUACUCCUCCCAUCCCCUGCAGCCUUCAAAUAACACCAUUCUUCUGGAAAAUGCUGGAGAAAUAAUAAAGGCUGU